GUGUAAACUUUUUUUAAAAAAUGGUUAAUUACGUGUUGUCAUUUUGCAAAAUCACUGGGGCCAGCAAAAUUUUUAAAAGACAUUUUUAUUUGCCUCUACUCAAGCCGCAGAAUCCAAAAGAAGCUCUUCGAACCCUGCGAAUUACUGGAAAAUGGCUUCUUGGAGCGAAAAUUCAGCGAUAUAUUCCAGUGUUGUUGAACCACUCACAAAAAAGACCAAGGAAAUCGAAACAAUUUGGAAAACUAUCUCACAGUAAGUCUAGCGAUUUUACUUAUAUGACUCCUAAUUUAGAUCCUGACAAUGAGAAUCAUAAAAUACUUUUGAAAAUUUUAGAAAAAGGCAAAGACAAAAAUGGAUAUUUUACUUAUACAGUAGACGACAAAAAAUAUAAUAUUGUGUUUGAAUCAAAUUUUGAAAAUGCUAUUUUAAAUGGUGAUAUUAUAGAUAUUUUAGUAUCUCAAAAAAACGAUAAAAUUUUAAUAAAAUUAAAAGAUAAAAAGAAAAUUCCCAUAGAGAUUCAAUACUUUGAAGGAAACUCUGAUGAAUUAAUCUGUGGUGAAGGUGCUACCACACCUGCCGAAGAAAAACAACAUCAUUAUGGAAAAUAUACCAUGGGUUUGGCUAAAAUGUUUGAAGAAAAAGAGCUCAGAGAGGAAAAAUGGGAGGAAGAACUCAAAAAAAUAUUAAAACGUAGAAAGAAACAAAAGUGGGAAAAUUCUAAAGCAUACAAAGAAAUGAUGAAACGAACAAUGAAAAAUUUGGAUUGGAACAAAUUUGAGGAUGAAGCUAAAAAACUUAUUGAUGACAUUUCUGAGCCUACAACGGAAAUUCCUAUCGAAAUGGACGUCGACGAUUUGGAAUCGACAAAAAAUGUGGCAGAAACUAUUUUAAACCGAGGCCCAGAAGCACUAAACCAGCUACCAACCAUUACAGAAAUUCCAGACUUAAUUAAAAGCAUGGGUAACGCUGAACUUGCUGAAAUUGAAGACAUUCCUUCAGAGGAAAACCAAAAAAGACGAAGGGUAAGUGGUGUGAAAGUAACACUUCCUUCAGGAAAAGAAUGUUUCGUCAGUGGUCAAAUGGUUCUUACUGAAGAAGGUGAGGUAUUUGUUCCCGGUCAAACUGUACAUAACGAAUACGGAGAUGAGUAUGUUCCAGGAAUCACUACAAAUGUUGAUAACAAACCUACACUUAUAGGAGGAUUAAUUAUGGGAGAAGACCAAAAAGAUCCCAUGUUUCUACCGUCACAAGCAGCUAUUACGUCAGACGGUCAAUUGACUUUUGCUACAACAGCAGAAGAACGACCUCCUCCGCAACCGGAAAGUGAAAGAAAAGUUAAAAGAAGGAAAAAACCCGAACCGGUUAUUGUAGAAGAAGAACCUUUACCUUUAGAGAUAAUAAUCGUAGAAGAAAUUUCAGACCCAUCUGAUUCUGACGAUAAAUCUACAAGGGCUUCGAGUGUUGAACUUAAUAGUUCGGAGAUAGAAGAACUCGAUAUGGAAGCUAUAAGAAUAAAGCAAGAAAAACAUCGACAAGAAAUGGAGGAACUUAAAAUGCAAUUAUUUGAUAAUAUGGACGGCAUUAUUGCGAACUUAGAGGAUAAAAAAGCGCAACUUAAGAAAAAGCUCGAAGAUUUACGACGUCAGCAUAUGGACAACCAAAAUAAUUUAGUAUCGUAUGUAAACGAGAAAGAUGCACUGGAAAUAGCUACUAAAAUUUCCGACGAUCCAGAGACUAUUAAUAGAUUGGUAGACAUACUUUUAACAAUGACUAGAAGAGCAUCGACUUUCCGCGAUAAAAAUAGCGUACGGGCCGAUAAUAUCGACUUGUCUUACUUGAGCACAAAUGCCAGCGACGCUGAAAUUAAACUUCAUUCUUGUUCGAAUAAACUAAAAAUAUUAUUCAAAUCCGCAUUGGUUGCAGCCAACGAUGUCUUUAAAAAUAGGCCUAAGGACCAAGUUCUCGCACUUCACGCUAUGGGAGAAAUCUUAGUUGAAACAAUGAAACAUGAUAUUAAAUUGAUUUUAGAAAUGACCAACUUAAUGAAAACACAAUUUGACAGAGACGAAAUUUGCGACACCGCUUUCAAGCAGCUAAUAAGAGUAAUUGAAGAUACAAAGAUUUGUACGCUUGCUAUGAUUGUCGAUAAGCAUAUGUCCAUUCCUGACCUUAUUGAAAGCAUCGAAAAAGUUUUGGGCCAAGACAACAUGAUGCAUACAGCUUUUGCUAAAAUACUUAAAAUUAAUUCAGUUGUCGUAAAUUUCUUAAUUGAGAACCUCGAAGAGCUGGUAAAGGAAGUAGCCUCAGAAGAAGAUGCUGUAAGAGUUCUACAAAGGUCUAUUGUUAGUGCUAUAAGAACCUUGAUGGACUUUAAUCUGGAACAAGCAAAGAAAAAAUCUUCGUAUGUGGAUCUUAUAGAAGAAGCUUCUAGUUUUGCUAAAGCUUUAGGCCGAGAUGAUGUAGUUGAAGAUUUAUCUAAUCCAUCACAAGAAUUUGUAUUAGAAGAUAGUACCAACAUGCUAAAGAGAAUGACCCUUAUAAAGCAAUUAUCCGAGAGAGACUACUCGCUAAAAACAGCUAUAACUAGAAUUAAAAAGAACCCGGAAUGUGCCAAAUCAGAUCCUAGAAUUAGACAGCUUGUGAGGGAAAGUGCAGUCUUGAUUUCUAAUCCAUCACCGCUUUUAACAUCAAGAAGCAUCCCUCUACAAAUCAUGAAAAAACAAAACUUACUGGCUAUUGAAGAUUAUUUAGUAAAAAGAACAAAUUUGGAGUUCCCGGUAUUAAUAUCACGUGGUACGCAUCAAGCAGUUAUUCCCAAGGACGCUUCUAGAGGUGUGCUAGCUGGUAGAGUUCCUUAUGUUCUUAUAGAUGAAACCGGAGUUACUAACUUUAAGCCUAUGCACAUGAUGUCUGCUAUUCAUGUAAACAAAAAUCGCGAAAAGAGAAUCGAUGAUUACCUUAGUGCUGUGCCAGAGAGUGAUUUUUCGACGUCCCUCCACGCCAAGAGCAAUGGUUCUGAUAAUAGUAGAGGAACGAUGAGCUCGUCAGCCCUUUUAAGGGGCUACGGGCCACGUGCCUAAUAUUAUGAGGGAAGAAGAACUUGAAGUGGCCCUGAAGGUGGUCAUCGUGGGUAAUGGUGGGGUAGGUAAAUCAAGCAUGAUCCAAAGAUACUGCAAGGGAACUUUCACCAAGGAUUAUAAGAAAACCAUAGGAGUAGAUUUUUUAGAAAGACAAAUAGAAGUAGAUGGCGAAGAUGUUCGACUUAUGCUGUGGGAUACCGCAGGACAAGAAGAAUUCGACGCCAUUACAAAGGCUUACUAUCGAGGAGCACAAGCCUGCGUUCUUGCCUUUUCAACUGUAGAUAGGGAUUCGUUUGAAGCAGCACAUUCAUGGAAACUAAAGG